AUGGCCUCACAGGGCCUCUCAAGAAAGCGCCCUGCUCCGGGUACAUCUCCUGCAACCUUUACACAACAGAUGCACAAUGCCGCAACAGCUUUUGGUGAUGGGAACAUCGGACCGCAACUUUCGAAUGAUCAGUUUCUCCAGUGGGGUUCCACCGGCCAGAACAACCCCUCACAGUACAAUGAUAAUAGCUAUGCCAUGAACGCAAGCGCCUACCCUCAAGUCAACCCACAGACCUCAAACCAGCUCACUAGGAGACCUACUACACAACUGACCACUCGCGGCCGUGUUGAUGAAGAUCCGGCUUCAUGGGUGGACACCAGUGUCGGACAACCAAACAAACCGGACCCCGAAUGGUCGGACGAUAUCGCGGACUUGGAGGCAAAGGCACAAAUCGCAAAGCGGGAGGCUCAAGGAAAGAGGAAACAAAUCCCCCCUUUUGUCCAGAAACUCAACAGCUUUCUAGAAGAUGGCAGAAACACUGAACUCAUCCGUUGGUCAGACGAUGGCAACUCAUUCAUUGUCCUUGAUGAAGAUGAGUUUGCAAAGAAAUUGAUUCCCGAGUUGUUCAAGCACAACAACUAUGCCUCAUUUGUCAGACAGUUGAACAUGUAUGGCUUUCACAAGAAAGUGGGCCUCUCCGACAAUUCAAUGAGGGCAAGUGAGAAAAAGCACAAGAGUCCCAGUGAAUACACCAACCCGUACUUCCGGAGGGGUCAUCAAGAUCUGCUGUGGCUGAUUCAAAAACCAAAAAAUGUCACGGGAACUGGCAAUAAGAGAAAGGGCAAAGCAGAUAAUGAUCCCAACGAGGACGAUGCUGAUGAUUAUGCCGAUGAUGUUGUCGUCAAUAACCCUGAGGCUCGUGUGCGGAAUCGACCCGGUCAACUCACUCUUGGCCAAACUGAGACGGCUUUGACAACAGAACAGUUCCAAAGUGUUCAGCGAGAAUUGGCUGCGAUUCGACAUCAACAAAGUCAAAUCUCUCGAAUGAUGCAAGGUUUAAAACGUGAACAUGAACAGCUUUAUGGGCAAGCCGCAACCUUCCAAGACCAGCAUAAUCGACACGAGAACUCCAUCAACGCCAUUCUCACCUUCCUCGCAACCGUCUACAACCGUAGUCUUCAAGGCCAUGACGGCAUACAAGGGAUUGCAAACAUGUUUGGUAAUGCCAUGCCUGUUGAUACGAGCCAAGGUAAUGUCGUCGAUGUUGGUGACUUCAACUUCGAGAAUAUUGUCAGUCCGGACGCAGGCGUUGCAAAGUCGUUUAAGAAACAACCCCUCCUGCUCACUGAUGGGCAACAAGGCCGAGCAAACACUCUGUCACCUCGUGACGCUACUAAUAGUCCAUACUCUCAACGUGCACGUCUCUCAAAUCCCAACAUUCGAAAUACCCAACAAGCCCACAUGUCUCCCAAUGUGGAAGAGGUCUUUGACUCGGGAGUCAAUAGCCCAAAUACCAAUGCACAACAACCUAUGCAACAAUUCAACACAAAUGCUCCUCGGCAAAAUAUGAUGACCAUGAUCCAGAGUGCUAAUGCACGCAACAACUCUGCUUCACCAUCCACGCCUCAGCAAGAUUUCAACAAUGUCCUCAACAGUCUCGAAGCCUCUGGUGGAACAGGCCCACUGAAUAAUUCUCAGCGUGCAGACGUCCUCCGUAUGAUCAACAAUUCUACACAACAACCGUCCGGUUCCGAUAACGCAUUAAUCAAUUCCACACCUCCCCCUGGACCCGCCAAUUUUCACAGACGUCUCGCCAGUACAAACGCGGACCUCGAUCACCUCGCAAAACUCCAAGCCGAGCAAGAUAAGAGCGUACAGAACCUUACAAAUCUCUUGCAGCCACUCAGUCCCACCGGAUCCAUCCCUGGUAUAGGCGACGGACAAUCCCUCCCACCCCCACCAUUAGACAUCGACGACUUCCUCAAUCACAACGAAUACUUCGCCGACUUUCCCACCGACGCCAACGGAAACUACGAUUUUGGCAACACCGGACUUGGCAACACUACAAGUGGCCAAGGGGCAGGAGGCACCAGCGGUCUCGACUUCGGCGACUACAAAGACGACGACGAGCUCUUCGGCAACCUCAGCCAGCCCGCUAAACAGCAACAAGGUGGAGGAAUAAACUACGACUACGGGUUUGACGGCACGGCCGACCCAAAAUACGACAAUAUCAGUGAUUUCGAAGGUGGCGGUCGCGUCGAGAGCGUGCCAAGCAGCGAGGUCACGACUCCCAACAGUGCAGAUAUUCCUCGCUCCAAAGGACGGAAGUUGAGCAGUGUCGAGGAUCAGAAUGAUGCAAAGAAGCGGCGGCGCUCUUGA